GAUCUUACACACCCUUUCGUCACUGUUCUUCACAGCGACCAUGGUUCGGCUGAUCACCCACAAUUUACUCGCAUGCCACGUCAAAGGAUGCACUACAAAUAAUUUUCCACUUGUAUUUCAGGAUGUCCAAGUUGAACUACAAGAGGCAGAAUUCAACCCUGACUUCAUCCGGAAUAUGCUGUCUCGAUUGGAAUGGUCUGCGUUGGUAAAUGCUGCGAAGCAGGUCGGAGACACAUCGCUGCCUCCAGAACAGCCAGACAUGAUGGAUGACGAGCUACUUCAGAAGCUUCAUCAUGUUUUGAUGGAGAUCCAUGUUACUGAUGGUGCGAUGGUCUGUCAAAAUUGUAACCACAUAUACCCCAUAUCUAAUGGGAUCCCAAACAUGUUGCUGGCCGAGCACGAAAUCGGCUAAAUCAUGAAUAAAAAUUUGUAGUUUACCCUGAGAUCUUGCUGUUGGCGUUCUCACCCCGAUUGAUGGCAAGGGGCACUAUUGACCUCAAAAAUGACCUUGACGUUUUCACGACCAUAGGCAAAGACGAUAGCCUCAGACCGUGCACGCCAGUGCGAUCUGAGAACAUCUCGUCUUCUAUCUUUAGUACCAGUCGAAUAACACAUGUGUUGGAAAGGAACAGGGACAACUGUUGUCUUGCGCCCCUUCGAGAGUUCAGUAAGUACUAGGAAGUUCAAAUUGAUCUAUGAUACUAGUAUUUCGUGAACAACAGUUUACAUAAACUGAGUUGAUUGCAUGUCAUAUUAC